AUGAAGGCUUCUAAGUGGCUGUUUCUGUCAGCCAGGCACCUUCACUGCCUCCUGCCUCUCAUAGGUUCCGCGCCUUUCUCUUUCCGGCUAGCGCCCACAGCUUGUCUCCAGUCUGGUACAUGUCCUGCAGGGCAACAACGUGGUGAACGGCCACUCACAGGGCUGUCCGCCUUCAUGAACCACGGGUCAGGGGGUCUGUACAUUUUUGCAAGCACCGAUACUGUGGAAAAGUGCCCUAAGAUAUCUCACGUUUUGCCCUGGAUUAUGUCACCCAGGCUGUCACCUUCAUCAUUUACCACUUCCAGCCAGCCAGUCGGUGGGCCUUCGCUUGCCUAUGACGUAGGCCUGAUGUUGGUGAGCCAAACUCACACGGGGUGCAUACAUUUUGCCUGGCACCGAUACAAUUUGGGCAAUGACAAACGUUCUCGAACAACAAAUGAUAUGUAG